AUGUCACACGAAUUCAACAACGACGACGACGAUGAUGACGACGACGACCUGCCGACCUUCGAACAUGCAAUCCAGCAGCGACCGGUUGACAAAGGCGACGACGAAGACGAAGACGAAGACGAUGAGGUCGACGAGGAUGGAGAAGCGCAGAUGGAGCAAGACGAUGCUUCGUCCCAUGGUGGCGACAAUGACGAUGACGACGACGACAAUCAAAUGGACUGGCAUCAUCCCGCGGACGCGGAACAGGAUGCUGCUGCGGCGGCAGAGAGCGAGGCGCCCGAGAAGAGUUGGCGGGAAACGGAUGGAUUUGGCGCCAAUUCGAGUACCACAACUGCUGCUGGUGCUGAUCCAGCGACGACGACGACGACAACGACGACGACGACCGCAGCUGAUGCUGAUGCUGAUGACUCAACAACUAUCGCGAGCCAUGCGGCGCCGAUGGACGUUUCGGCAGAUCACGACACAAGCACGACGCUCGUCCCAGCAAUACCAUCUGCUUCCUCAACCGGCGGCGAUCAAGCAAGCCAACCGCUUCAAAACAGAAGACCUAUCCGCGCUGCUACCACAAGAACGUCGAGCUCGAUCGCAAGGGCCUCGUCCGGGUUGACCUCGGCCAGCAAAAGCCGAACACUGAGCCACUUGGACGAGUUGAUCCGAGCCCGGCGCAAGAAGGAAGCUCAAGACAACAUCCAUGCAAGCAUCGUCAAAGUUGAGCAAAGGAUUGCUGCUCACAAGCAAGAGUCUCAGAAGGAGCUGGAACGGGCGAGCACCAAGCAAGAGGCGCCUCCGGCCAUGCUUGGAGACCCGCUCGAGUUUGACGUCCUGCAAGACCCGAACAGCUCGAUUGAGGGAUCAAGCCAACCCCACACAGAUUGCACCGGACAGAACAGUGCAGAGUCCAUGUCCGUGGACAGCACCGCGCGGGCACUCGAAACCGUCCGAUCGUUAAACCCAAGCAUGUUUAUGCAGGCUGGCGCUUCCUCUGCGACGCAGGACCAGCAAGACAGCGACAUCGCUGAAACAGCCAAGAGCAACUUGGCUCAGCAUAUCGAGAUGAACGCGCAAACCACUUCUGGCCGAAACUCCACAAAGUACAUGAUUGAGAACAUCUUCCACCCAGUCUACUUGGACGCGUUGAUUCCGUUCACAGGCAAGAGCGACGGCGGUGCGCUCGAUCAGCUCAUCGUGGAAGCUAUCCAGCUCGACGAUUCCUCCUUGCUCAUUGAAACCAUCCGUAGCGGAUGGGUUCAAUCCCAUCUCUUGACGCGCGAGCCGUCACCGGGUCUGCUCUGCUGGUUGUUUGUAACGGUCCUGCAGGAUCCCACUGGCUGCCUUUCGACCCCGUGCUUUCAAAUUCUUCAUGAUCUGUUCAAACGGCCUCGAGUGAACUGGGUCCCAGAUCGGCUAUUUGUGUUGACGGCGUUGGCCAGCCUUGGUAUCGACCGACAUUCUCUAUUUGAGCCAGCACAAACGAACGCACGCCUGUAUCAAUUCGUGGUCCCCGAGUUCGAUUGGGAGAGCCGACCAGGCAAGCACCCAGCGUGUUCGCAGCAAAGCUUUAGCCAACAGAGUGCAUCAGUGAGCGCCUUGCCCGUCGCACUAUCUCGCUUCUUUCAACUGAUGACUGCUGUCGUGCGGAUGAACCGUUCGCCACAACCGUUUGACUAUUUGGCGUUCAUCCCCAUCGCCAUUAAAUGCUCGCUUGAUCCACGGUGCCAUCAAGCCGUGCUCGAUUGCUCUGAGCUCGUCGGCUCGAUGCUUGCUCGCAUUCCAAGUGAGGAUUGGGAGCAGGCAACACCACAGCAAACGAUUGUGCAGGGGCUGGAGGCGCUCCUUCCACAUUCGUUCAGCCAAGUUCGCGCAGUCCGCGCCUUCCCGCUCACGCCUCGAGGCCUACAACUUCGUCGGAUGGUUGCGACGCGCUUUUGUCACUCCAUUUAUCUAGACUUGCAGGCUGUCACGCUUGUGCGCGAUGCCUCGCAAGAUGUGCCGCCAACCCACCACCCAAUCUUUGACGAAUGUGGCGUUCAACGUCGCAACGUCUAUGUGGCUUCACUCUUGGAUAGUAUUCAGCUUUCGCAGCACACCGACUUUCUACGGCUCAAUUGCAUGGUUUUGAUGGUCACCUUUUGUGCUGGAGGCCCAGUUGUUAAUCCCUUCGAUGUGGAGGAUGUUCGACUUGUUCAACGUAGUUUGGAGCAGCUCGGAACUCGCAUUCGGGAUGAUCCGUUCAACUCAUCCUGCACAACGGUCCAAGAAGCGCUGGUUCGUGCGCAAACCAUGCUUUAUAUGAGCCUUCCAGCCAAAGCGCGUGUGUCCGACCUUGACUAUUUCCACCCCUCGAAUAACUGA